AUGAGUGACGAGCGGCGACUACCCGGCAGUGCAGUGGGCUGGCUGGCGUGUGGCGGCCUCUCCCUGCUGGCCAAUGCCUGGGGCAUCCUGAGCGUGGGUGCCAAGCAGCAGAAGUGGAAGCCGUUGGAAUUCCUGCUGUGCACACUGGCGGCCACGCACAUGCUCAACGUGGCGGUGCCCAUUGCCACCUACGCUGUGGUGCAGCUGCGUCGACAGCGCCCGGACUACGAGUGGAAUGAGGGCCUCUGCAAGGUCUUCGUGUCCACCUUCUACACCCUCACCCUGGCCACCUGCUUCUCCGUCACCUCGCUCUCCUACCACCGCAUGUGGAUGGUCCGCUGGCCCGUCAACUACCGGCUGAGCAACGCCAAGAAGCAGGCGGUACACACGGUCAUGGGUAUCUGGAUGGUGUCCUUCAUCCUGUCAGCCCUGCCCGCCGUGGGCUGGCAUGACACGAGCGAGCGCUUCUACACCCACGGCUGCCGCUUCAUCGUGGCCGAGAUCGGCCUGGGCUUCGGCGUCUGCUUCCUGCUGCUGGUGGGCGGCAGCGUGGCCAUGGGUGUGGUCUGCACUGCCAUCGCCCUCUUCCAGACGCUGGCCAGGCAGGUGGGGCGCCAGGCCGACCGCCGCGCCUUCACAGUGCCCGCCAUCGUGGUGGAGGAUGCCCAGGGCAAGCGCCGUGCGUCCGUCGACGGCUCUGAGCCUGCCAGGACCUCGCUGCAGAUCACCGGCCUUGUGGCCACCAUUGUCGUCAUGUAUGACUGCCUCAUGGGCUUUCCUGUGCUGGUGGUGAGUUUUAGCAGCCUGCGGGCCGAUGCGGCAGCCCCCUGGAUGGUGCUGUGUGUGCUGUGGUGCUCCGUGGCCCAGGCCCUGCUGCUGCCCGUCUUCCUGUGGGCCUGCGACCGCUACCGGGCUGACCUCAAGGCCAUCUGGGAGAAGUGCGUGGCCCUCAUGGCCAACAACGAGGACGCCGAGGAGGAGACCAGUCUGGAGGGGGGCAUCGCCCCAGAACUGGUGUUGGAGCGCUCUGCGGACUACGGCUAUGGCAGCGACCUGGUGGCCUUGGACAGGAUGGCCAAGUAUGAGCUCUCUGCUGCAGAAGGAGGCCUACCCCAGCUCUACCCGCUGCGCCCGCUGCAGGAGAGCAGGAUGCAGUACCUGCAGGUCCCUGCCACAAGGCGCUCCUCCCACGACGACGCGGACGUGUGGGCCGCAAUCCCGCUGCCCCCCACCUUCUUGCCACGCUGGGGCUCAGGCGAGGACCUGGCCACGCUGGCACAGCUGGUGCUGCCGCCAGGGCCUGAGCGGUGCCACGGCAGCCUGCUGGCCCUGGCCGAGGACGCGCCGCCGUUCCGUCCCCGCCGCCGCUCGGCGGAGAGCCUGCUCCCACUGCGCCCCUUGGACAGCACCCACGACUCUCCGCCCGGCAGCCCCGGCCGCCGCCACCGCCGCCUCCCCGGGCCCAGGCCCAGUGCCCGCUCGGCCUCGGCCUCGCCGCUGCCAGGCGCCUUCGCCCUGACUGCCUUUGAGCGAGAGCCGCAGGCGCUGCGCCGGCCGCCCGGCCCACCCGCCACCUUCCCCGCCGCCAUGGACGGCAGAGCGCCGACGUCCCCUGGCAGUGGCCAGCGGAGCCCCGGCCCGCGCCGGGACACACUCGCGCACGCCGGGCCCCUGCGGACCAGCCUGAGCGCGUCGUGGGGCGAGCCGGGGGGCUUGCACGUGGCGGGCGGCGGUGGCAGCACCAGCAGCUUCCUGAGCUCGCCCUCGGAGUCCUCCGGCUAUGUCACGCUGCACUCGGGCUCCCUGGGCUCGGCGUCCUAG